CCGGACGACUACCUGCAUUGUAGCAUUCAGCCCUUGCUCCGUGUUUCUGUGUGGAAUAUCCGCCCCACAGGUUACAGAGGGUCGUUUUUAAAACGCAUUUGUGGUCUGCGGCUGCGACAUGAGAGUGAGUGAGGUCCACGCAGCGGAGUCUGUAGCCUACCUGAACAGGGCGCUGAUCAGGCUGCAGGACAUUUGGGAGGAAAUUGGGAUCCCGGAGGAGCAGCGCGUCCAGAGAACCAACGAUGUUCACAAGCAUAUUAAAGGUCUGCUCGACCUGAUGAUUGCUGAAGAAGAUGAGCUCAAGACGCGAUUGGUGAAAAGCAUCGAGUCUUGUCGCCAGGAACUUAAUAAUCUGUGUGCUGAACUUCAGCUGCCUCCUUUUGAGGAAGAGGAUGGGUGUACCAUGCUGCAGAUGGAGAAGAACAGCCGCACACGUCUGGAGGUGAUGAAGGAGCAGAAGAGGCAAAGAAUGGAGGAUCUUAAGAUCCUCUCUGUCAGAGACCGCCAGCUUUGCAGAAUUAUGUGCACCACACCCUUUGCCAUAGACUUGAUGACUGUCCCGUCACUGAAGCAACUGGAAAGCUACAAAAUCUACCUUGAUAAUCUGAGCAGGGAGAAGGACUGUCGUCACAAUGAAUUUGUGAGCGUCAGAAAGGAGAUCAUCACCUGCAUGGAUGAUCUGGAGCGGCUCCCCGAGACCAGCUUUGAGAUCAGUGUGAUGUCUGCGGACGAGGAAGCUUUUUGUUUGUCAUUGGACAACAUUUCUGCUCUCAAACUGCUGCUCGGUCAGUUGCAAGAGCGCAAGACGGAGAGGGAACUACAAUGUUCAAGUUUCCGCACAAAGAUCCAGGAACUGUGGGAUCGGCUCCAGAUUUCACAAGAGGACAGGGAAGCAUUCUCAGAGCACAUGGUUCGGUCAAAGAAGAAGAACUUUGAGGCACUGCAGGCAGAGGUCGAGCGUCUUGAGCUGUUGAAAAUGCAGAGUCUGAAAAGCUUCACUGAGAGCGUCAGAGCCGAGAUUGCCGUUUUGUGGGAGAAGUGUUUUUACAGCCAGGAACAACAGAACGCUUUUAUUGCCUACCAUGAUGAUAACUUUACAGAGGAGCUUCUUUCCCUGCAUGAGGCUGAGGUGGCCACGCUUAAGAAAUAUUAUGAAGAUCACAAGGAGCUGUUCGAAGGAGUCACAAAGUGGCAGAACAACUGGGCUUUGUUUUUGGAACUUGAUAGGAAGGCCAACGACCCGACGAGAUUCAACAACAGAGGAGGGAACCUGCUGAAAGAAGAAAAGCAGAGAAGCAGCCUGCAGAUGAACUUGCCAAAGCUGGAGAAAAUUCUGAAAGUGAAGAUUGAUGAAUGGGAGCAGGAGAAUGGAGGAGAGUUCCUGGUUAAUGGACAGAAGUUUCUGGAGUAUGUGCAGCAGCAGUGGGAUCAGCACCACGCUGAGAAGGAGAAGGAGAAACUGGAAAGGCAAAUGAAGAAAACUAAGCAGACCCAGGAGGAGAUGUUGUACGGAACGGCAGCAAAAACGCCGUCAAAAAGACGGGUAGGAGGAACGCCUACUCCCAGCAAACUGAGAAAGUUGAAUGGCACCUCCACGGUCUCCACUCCCAACAGCUUUCUUAGUUCUGGGCUGGGUGGAACCACGUGUUUGUCCUCCUUUCAGAAACCACCGUCUGCGCGCAAGGGCCUGGGCCUGCGGACCCCCGGACGCGGAAGGACCCCACGAGCUCUCGACCGAAACAAGGAGAACAUCUCCCACCUUAGAAACACUCCAAGUGUCAUAUUAAGGUCUCCGGAUACUCAAGAUCGCACCUUCACCUUUAAUUCAAUUGCUGGCUCCUAUUCGGAAUUUGCGAGAGACUUGUCGAAAUCUACUAAGUCAGAUGGAAGGCCAGUCGUGCUGAACUCCACCAUCACUCACCAGUAAUCAGGAUUCUCACCGGGAGUCGACCAGCUCAUCCGGUGACGGAGUCUCGCUGUAGUGGACCAGAGGGGGCUUCAGAUUGAUCUUCUGACCCCCCAAAAAAAUCUGUAAAUAUUUGAAUCUGCGUGAACAUGUCAAGUCCUGUCCUGUUCGUUUUAGCGGGGUUUUACUGCUGUGGUGGUUUGCUCUUAUCAGUGCCGCUGCUGUUGCUUUAUAAGAAUUUCUUUCAAGGUAUUUUUUUUUGGGGGGGUUAAACCUUGAAUAUUAUUUUACUAUAUCUACAGUACUAUUUUAUUUCAUUAGUGUACCGUCAUUUUCUCAGUCCA